AUGUGCCUGAAGCCGGCGCCAACUAUAAGCAGACUUGUGUGCAGCGUGGUACUGUUGACCUUCAUUCAUGCUAGUAUUUGUCAUGAGAUUGCAGCAUUGAUGCAGAAAGAUUUGUGGUUAGGGUGCUCGUGCAUGUAUGCCAGUGAGCGUAAUGCAACCAAUUGGGGCAACUUUACCAUUAGCGGCAGCACUUUGCGUGGCGCCAAAAAUGAUUGCUACUUGAUUUUUAUCGCGGGUGCCAGCGAUGAGUUGGUCGCAUUUCGCUUUCAGACGCUGCAACUGUCUGCCCGCUGUUCGGACUACAUAGAAAUAUUUCCGUUCCUACGGGAGCCCGUCAUUGAGAGCUCGACUAAUCCGGAUUAUGUUAUUUGCAAUCGCACUACUGUCACAUCGGCAAGUGUGCCAGCAUUAGCAUCUACUACUCCAACGGUGGCAACACCAACGCUUGCAACCAAGAGGACGGCGGCAACUAAACCAGCGCCACCCACUACGGUGGAAGCCAAGCAGAAAACAUCGUCCGUUAAUGUCAAUGCAUCGUCAAUGGCGACACUAGCUAUCAAGAAGCCAACGAUGCUGUCGAUGAGUAGCGUUGCCAACUAUGCGCAUUCGACGGUUAUUGCUGCCAAUAAUUCGGUUGGCGGCAGUAUCGGUGAUUUACGUAGCAAUGAGUUUAUUUAUAGCUCAGGCAAAAUUUUCGGUAUUCGCGUCCGUUUCAAGCAGCAACAACAACAACAGCGAGAGAAAUCACUUCAAGCUGCUGAUGAUGCCGAUGCCCUCAAAAGUUUCCAACUCAACAUUACCGGAGAGUAUCGAUUCUUGAAGAAGGAACACUUCCAAAAUGAUGGACGCCUUAUACCUGGAUCAUAUUGUGAUUACUACUUUUUUGCUGAUGCCAAUGCAAAAUCAGAAAAUUUCGAAAUUUGGCAAUACUUUCAUUCGCCGCGUUUUCCAGCCAAAUAUCCGGCGCAUAUUAAAUGUGCUUACAAAUUUAUUGGCAGACCAGAAAGCUGCGUAGAAAUAGUAUUUGAGGAGCUGCAAUUACCUAAAAAGAACAACAGCUGCAACAUGGAUAAGCUAACCAUUUUUGAUUCGGAAUCUGCCAAUAUGAAUGCUGUUAUUGAUGUAAUUUGUGAUGUGUUGCCAUCACGCCGCAUUGUUAGCUCCGGUCCUGAUUUACUUAUAGAAUUCAAUGCCAGCUCCAAUAUAACGGCCAAAGGAUUUCGCGGCAAAUACAAAUUUAUACACAAUGAAAUCGCUUAUCAAACAACGCCAGCAAUACUAACCAAACAAACAACAGAAAAAGUUAUGGCUUUGGAAACAAUCGGCUUUCGAAAGGAGACUCAACAUCCAGUUCUCACAGUCGAUGAAUGGGAUAAAUUUUUCAAGGAUAAUGGUCGCCACGUUAUGCUGAUCAUACCAGCGCUUACUAAUGUUAUAUCGGGCGAGUUGCUGGAGCUGCCCGCAAUCCUGCUGGGUGCGUCGUCGUUCAUUGCGCCGAAUGUCGGAUCUUUUAUCUGCUCAGCCAAUCGUUUUCCUAACGAUCGUUCGACAGGCUUGAAUGCCAAAGAUCGUGGCGCGCGUUGA